CUUUCGUCUUCUUCCUCCCGUGUAUCUUUUAAUCUCCCCUGUUUUGUGUUUUCGGUGAUUAUAUAUUUUUUCAAUUCAAUUCCACCAAACCUACCUCCCCAAAAAAGCACAUAUCUCUCUAAUCUGAUUCCUCUUCCUCCUGAGAGAACAAAAUCUCAAUCAAUACCAAUGAGUCGCUUGAUGGGACUGCUCGAUCUCGAGAAACACUUUGCCUUCUACGGUGCUUACCACAGCAAUCCCAUAAACAUUGUUAUCCACAUCAUCUUCGUUUGGCCGAUCGUUUUCACAGCUUUGCUUCUCCUCCACUCCACGACACCAAUCUUCGAUCCUUCUCAAUUAGGGGUUUCUCAAUCGUUGACCCUCGACGGCGUUCUCCGAUUUAACCUUGGGUUCAUCUUCACCUUGGUUUAUGCUCUGUUCUACAUCUGUUUGGAUAAAAGAUCUGGCUUUGUAGCUGCCCUCAUGUGUUUCUCUUGCUGGGUUGGUUCCAGUUUACUCGCUGUUCAAUUAGGACCUUCUCUUUCCUUUAAGGUUGGGUUGGCAUCUCAGCUGUUAUGUUGGACCGGGCAGUUCGUUGGCCAUGGAAUGUUUGAAAAACGAGCACCUGCGCUAUUAGACAAUCUAGUCCAAGCUUUUCUCAUGGCUCCUUUCUUCGUAUUGCUCGAGGUUCUUCAAUCGGUUUUCGGGUAUGAACCAUAUCCCGGUUUUCAAGCGCGUGUGAAUGCCAAGGUAGAAAGUGACGUUAAGGAAUGGAGAGCAAAGAAGCAACAGAAGAACAAGGUCACAUAAGCUUGGAUUAUAAUACGGAAGAACUUGAACCCAUUGUUGUGUUUCUGUAACGUACCGAAAUGAUAAUAAGACCAUCAUGGAUUGAUGGAUUUGGUGUGUAACUACUAUGCAUGUCUCUAAUAUAUGGAAAAUUGCAGUAAGUUUCGGUCA